UUGGCGAGAAGGCUUCAUAUAUGUGUUCCUUUAAAUUUCCAUCAAACUAAAAUUUAAUUUUCACAUAUAAAUUUCUUUUUCUUCUUUCUUUCUAAAUAUAACAGUAACUCGCAAUGGGAAGUGUACCUUCGAACUUACAUUUAAUUUUCAGGAAUACAAUUCUUUUUCUUCUUUCUUUUCAAAAAAAAAUAACAGUAACUCGCAAUGGGAAGUGUACCUUCACAAUUUGACAAAGCAAUUCGUAAUUUUCUUCGUCCCGUAAAGACAGUAGAGACACGACGCAAACCUAAAAAGCGACGACACAUUACUUUGAAGAACCGCACCAUUCCCAUAGUGACUGAAGGUACCCAUGGAGGUGGAGCAUCGAACUAUGACUACGACCCGGCAACAGGUCUGUCCCACACUCGGCUGGACUUCCGUGACCGCCCGAACACGAAGCAGCGUUGGAAGGAUCCAACAAAACCUGGAGAGUUGUACACGGACCUAGAGUUCCCACUGGACGUCGCGAUAGAAGAGUACAAAAAGGAAAAGAUUCAGUGGAAGAGACCUAGGGAGUUUCGUGAUAAUCCUGUGCUGUUUUCAGAUGGGACAACCAUUUACGAAGUCGGACAGAGAUCGGCGGGCACCUGUUGGUUCGUGUCCAUGGUUGCUGACCUUGCCAAGAAUGAAGAUACCAUUUAUAAGAAUAUACCGCUGGACGGUUGGAAUCCCGACACAGGCGUGUUGAAGUGCGUCUUCUACCACUUUGGAGAGUGGGUGACCGUCUACACGGAUGACUUUCUUCCCGUGGUUGAUGGAGAGACGCUCUGGGGGGCCGGCUCGUUCUCGGAUAACAAUGAGAUGUGGGUAUCGAUGCUGGAGAAAUGUUUCGCGCGACUCCAUGGCUCUUACAAUGCCAUAUACGGUGGACAGGCCUGCGAUUCGUAUCUUGCUCUGACUGGGGGUGUGGCCGAGGUGCUAGAUUUUAGGAAGCAGAAACCAGAUCCGGACCAAUUCUUCGCACGUGUCAGAAACUCCCUACGGGCAGGGUCAUAUCUGACCUGCUCUAUUCUAGCUACGUAUAAUGCUUAUAAAGGAUUGAUUGCAGAUCAUGCAUAUUCAUUAACCGGUGUAGGCGUGGUUCACACAAAAGACUGUGGCAAUGUUUGUCUGCUUAGAAUCAGGAAUCCUUGGGGAUUUCACGAAUGGAAGGGCGCAUGGAGUGAUCGGAGUAAAGAGUGGGAGUCUGUGGUCGAAAAGACGUUGGACCACACCAAGAAGGAUGACGGCGAGUUCUGGAUGUGUCUCGACGACUACAUGAAGUAUUAAUGUUUUCAGGAGUAAAGAGUGGGAGUCUGUGGUCGAAAAGACGUUGGACCACACCAAGAAGGAUGACGGCGAGUUCUGGAUGUGUCUCGACGACUACAUGAAGUAUUAAUGUUUUCAGGAGUAAAGAGUGGGAUUCUGUGGUCGAAAAGACGUUGGACCACACCAAGAAGGAUGACGGCGAGUUCUGGAUGUGUCUCGACGACUACAUGAAGUAUUAAUGUUUUCAGGAGUAAAGAGUGGGAGUCUGUGGUCGAAAAGACGUUGGACCACACCAAGAAGGAUGACGGCGAGUUCUGGAUGUGUCUCGACGACUACAUGAAGUAUUAAUGUUUUCAGGAGUAAAGAGUGGGAGUCUGUGGUCGAAAAGACGUUGGACCACACCAAGAAGGAUGACGGCGAGUUCUGGAUGUGUCUCGACGACUACAUGAAGUAUUAAUGUUUUCAGGAGUAAAGAGUGGGAGUCUGUGGUCGAAAAGACGUUGGACCACACCAAGAAGGAUGACGGCGAGUUCUGGAUGUGUCUCGACGACUACAUGAAGUAUUAAUGUUUUCAGGAGUAAAGAGUGGGAUUCUGUGGUCGAAAAGACGUUGGACCACACCAAGAAGGAUGACGGCGAGUUCUGGAUGUGUCUCGACGACUACAUGAAGUAUUAAUGUUUUCAGGAGUAAAGAGUGGGAGUCUGUGGUCGAAAAGACGUUGGACCACACCAAGAAGGAUGACGGCGAGUUCUGGAUGUGUCUCGACGACUACAUGAAGUAUUAAUGUUUUCAGGAGUAAAGAGUGGGAGUCUGUGGUCGAAAAGACGUUGGACCACACCAAGAAGGAUGACGGCGAGUUCUGGAUGUGUCUCGACGACUACAUGAAGUAUUAAUGUUUUCAGGAGUAAAGAGUGGGAGUCUGUGGUCGAAAAGACGUUGGACCACACCAAGAAGGAUGACGGCGAGUUCUGGAUGUGUCUCGACGACUACAUGAAGUAUUAAUGUUUUCAGGAGUAAAGAGUGGGAUUCUGUGGUCGAAAAGACGUUGGACCACACCAAGAAGGAUGACGGCGAGUUCUGGAUGUGUCUCGACGACUACAUGAAGUAUUAAUGUUUUCAGGAGUAAAGAGUGGGAGUCUGUGGUCGAAAAGACGUUGGACCACACCAAGAAGGAUGACGGCGAGUUCUGGAUGUGUCUCGACGACUACAUGAAGUAUUAAUGUUUUCAGGAGUAAAGAGUGGGAUUCUGUGGUCGAAAAGACGUUGGACCACACCAAGAAGGAUGACGGCGAGUUCUGGAUGUGUCUCGACGACUACAUGAAGUAUUAAUGUUUUCAGGAGUAAAGAGUGGGAUUCUGUGGUCGAAAAGACGUUGGACCACACCAAGAAGGAUGACGGCGAGUUCUGGAUGUGUCUCGACGACUACAUGAAGUAUUAAUGUUUUCAGGAGUAAAGAGUGGGAUUCUGUGGUCGAAAAGACGUUGGACCACACCAAGAAGGAUGACGGCGAGUUCUGGAUGUGUCUCGACGACUACAUGAAGUAUUAAUGUUUUCAGGAGUAAAGAGUGGGAUUCUGUGGUCGAAAAGACGUUGGACCACACCAAGAAGGAUGACGGCGAGUUCUGGAUGUGUCUCGACGACUACAUGAAGUAUUAAUGUUUUCAGGAGUAAAGAGUGGGAUUCUGUGGUCGAAAAGACGUUGGACCACACCAAGAAGGAUGACGGCGAGUUCUGGAUGUGUCUCGACGACUACAUGAAGUAUUAAUGUUUUCAGGAGUAAAGAGUGGGAUUCUGUGGUCGAAAAGACGUUGGACCACACCAAGAAGGAUGACGGCGAGUUCUGGAUGUGUCUCGACGACUACAUGAAGUAUUAAUGUUUUCAGGAGUAAAGAGUGGGAUUCUGUGGUCGAAAAGACGUUGGACCACACCAAGAAGGAUGACGGCGAGUUCUGGAUGUGUCUCGACGACUACAUGAAGUAUUAAUGUUUUCAGGAGUAAAGAGUGGGAUUCUGUGGUCGAAAAGACGUUGGACCACACCAAGAAGGAUGACGGCGAGUUCUGGAUGUGUCUCGACGACUACAUGAAGUAUUAAUGUUUUCAGGAGUAAAGAGUGGGAUUCUGUGGUCGAAAAGACGUUGGACCACACCAAGAAGGAUGACGGCGAGUUCUGGAUGUGUCUCGACGACUACAUGAAGUAUUAAUGUUUUCAGGAGUAAAGAGUGGGAUUCUGUGGUCGAAAAGACGUUGGACCACACCAAGAAGGAUGACGGCGAGUUCUGGAUGUGUCUCGACGACUACAUGAAGUAUUAAUGUUUUCAGGAGUAAAGAGUGGGAUUCUGUGGUCGAAAAGACGUUGGACCACACCAAGAAGGAUGACGGCGAGUUCUGGAUGUGUCUCGACGACUACAUGAAGUAUUAAUGUUUUCAGGAGUAAAGAGUGGGAUUCUGUGGUCGAAAAGACGUUGGACCACACCAAGAAGGAUGACGGCGAGUUCUGGAUGUGUCUCGACGACUACAUGAAGUAUUAAUGUUUUCAGGAGUAAAGAGUGGGAUUCUGUGGUCGAAAAGACGUUGGACCACACCAAGAAGGAUGACGGCGAGUUCUGGAUGUGUCUCGACGACUACAUGAAGUAUUAAUGUUUUCAGGAGUAAAGAGUGGGAUUCUGUGGUCGAAAAGACGUUGGACCACACCAAGAAGGAUGACGGCGAGUUCUGGAUGUGUCUCGACGACUACAUGAAGUAUUAAUGUUUUCAGGAGUAAAGAGUGGGAUUCUAUGGUCGAAAAGACGUUGGACCACACCAAGAAGGAUGACGGCGAGUUCUGGAUGUGUCUCGACGACUACAUGAAGUAUUAAUGUUUUCAGGAGUAAAGAGUGGGAUUCUGUGGUCGAAAAGACGUUGGACCACACCAAGAAGGAUGACGGCGAGUUCUGGAUGUGUCUCGACGACUACAUGAAGUAUUAAUGUUUUCAGGAGUAAAGAGUGGGAUUCUAUGGUCGAAAAGACGUUGGACCACACCAAGAAGGAUGACGGCGAGUUCUGGAUGUGUCUCGACGACUACAUGAAGUAUUAAUGUUUUCAGGAGUAAAGAGUGGGAUUCUAUGGUCGAAAAGACGUUGGACCACACCAAGAAGGAUGACGGCGAGUUCUGGAUGUGUCUCGACGACUACAUGAAGUAUUAAUGUUUUCAGGAGUAAAGAGUGGGAUUCUGUGGUCGAAAAGACGUUGGACCACACCAAGAAGGAUGACGGCGAGUUCUGGAUGUGUCUCGACGACUACAUGAAGUAUUAAUGUUUUCAGGAGUAAAGAGUGGGAUUCUGUGGUCGAAAAGACGUUGGACCACACCAAGAAGGAUGACGGCGAGUUCUGGAUGUGUCUCGACGACUACAUGAAGUAUUAAUGUUUUCAGGAGUAAAGAGUGGGAUUCUGUGGUCGAAAAG